AGCUUGCUGUGCUAAAUCUUAGCUCAGUAGUUUACACAACGCCGCAUCCUAAUGUAGACCCUAUUGACCCUGUUGUGCCCCCCAUUCCCGACGCAGACAAGCCAACACCUCCAAACAAACCCGAAUCAAACAAACCUUCGUCUUCUAACACUCACCCAACUUCUUUCGAAGAAGAUACGGAUCCAACUCAAACGACAUAUUGCACAACCCCUUACGCUUCGCAUCUUCCCCUUGUCCAGUAUGCAUUGAUGAUAGAUGCAGGCUCAACUGGUUCUCGUAUUCAUGUAUACAAAUUCAACAACUGUGGCUCCUCGCCAUCAUACGAGUACGAAGUAUUCAAACAACGUCAGCCAGGUCUUUCUAAAUUCGCCGGCCAACCUAACGACGCCGCGGAAAGUUUGGAUGUUCUCCUUGACGAGGCCGUGCGAGUCGUUCCUUCAUCUUUGCGUGCCUGUACUCCUGUAGCAGUCAAAGCAACGGCUGGACUUCGGUUGCUACCUGGAUCACAGAGCAAGGAUAUACUGGACGCGGUAGCUCGCAGGAUUCAGGAGAAAUAUCCUUUCCAACUACAUGAACCAGAUGGCGUUGUCAUCAUGGACGGCAAAGAUGAGGGUGUUUAUGCAUGGAUCACAGCCAAUUAUCUACUCAACACCAUCCGUGCUGACACUCCCGCUGACACCCCGACAUACGCUGUACUCGAUCUUGGAGGAGCUUCGACUCAGAUUGUCUUUGAGCCGACAUUCUCUGAAGAGAGCGGAACGCUAGAAGAAGGAGAACACAAAUACGAACUUGAAUUCGGUGGCAGAACACAUAUUCUUUACCAGCACUCGUAUUUGGGUUAUGGUCUCAUGCGAGCCCGGGCUCAUGUCCAUCAGCUCGUCGAAUUCAUGGCAUCUAUCAGAAAUCCUGGGCAAGGCGCAGUAGACACUAUGCCGGCUACUAUUGGGAAUCCUUGCCUCGCACGGGGUACAAAGCGUAAUGUCGACAUUGAGGACGAACGAACGAAAACCACAAAGACUGUCGUCAUGGAUGGUGAACAGAUUGGUAGCUUUGAGGCCUGUAACCGGGUCAUCGAGCUGGUCAUGGCAAAAGACUCGAUAUGCGAACUCAAACCUUGCUCCUUCAACGGUGUUUAUCAGCCCUCCCUUCUCGAUUCCUUCACCUCUGGCAAGGUUCUUCUAUUAUCCUACUUCUUUGACCGUCUAGAUCCCCUACUUUCCACCGAAUUUUCCUCUUCUUCACCUACGGACCCAAUCGACAAAAUCAACGUUUCCGCCAUUGCCUCUAUCGCUAAAGAUGUCUGCCUUGGAUAUGACGCUUGGACCGCUCGCUGGGGGACCAACCAAGAAGUUAUGGAGGAACUUCAAGAUCGACCCGAAUGGUGUCUUGAUCUCACCUUCAUGCACAGCUUACUCAGGCUUGGAUACGAGUUCGGCGAUGAAAGAGAUGUGGUUCUUGGUAAGAAAAUUCAGGACACGGAGCUGGGAUGGUGUUUGGGCGCCACCAUUGCAAUCGUGGGCAGUGGAAAUCUGAAAUGUCGACUCAUUGCGUGAAGGGUUUUUUUCGAGAUCAAUCUUAGUGUAGACUUCUAUUGGCACACGUAGCUGAGUCCAUAAUUUAUUUAUUAUGCUCUCUUCUUGGAUUUCGAACGCUCCUGGUCGGGGUCUUAUCCACUCUCCCAAUGAUCACGCUACACCCGUGCCCUGGCGGUGGCGAUAUACCCGCAAAUGAUGUUUGCGAGAGUGAAUCGGGACUAUGAUGCGUAAAGUUGCAGUACAUAAUGUCAGGCUCCCUUUGGUUCAAGGCAAGAACG